UUGAGCGUGGACUGUGUGGUCAGUACUCAGUUGCAAUGGUGUGCUUACGGAGGAAGGUGUGUUGUGUGAUCGUGACGAUCGCUCUGGCGAUAGACCUCUGUCACUCACAGGGUGCAGAUGAGAUAGAAGCUCGUCUGUUCCUGGCGGGUCUGGAGCAGCGGUCGCAGCUCGAGUGCAACAAGCUGGUCGAGGCGUCCUGGAACUAUGAGGCCGAUCUCAGCGCGGUGAACAAUCAGCUUCGGGCGCAGGCGCAGCUGGAGAAGGCUCGCUGGGACAAGGAGCAGUGGGAGCUCGUGACAGGCGAGUGGGGCCACCGCUGGCCAACGCUGCGCAACGAGUCCCUCAGGCGCCAGUUCCGGCACCUGUCCAUCCUGGGCACCGCUGCCCUCCCUGAGGACAGGCUAGCUAAGUAUAACGACCUCGUGAGCGACAUGAAGACCACGUACAGCACGGCUAAAAUUUGUGACUACAACGACUUCACGAACUGCAACUUACGCCUGGAGCCUAAUUUGACGCGUAUUAUGAAGAAGAGCCGCAACUACGAUGAGCUUCGGCACGUUUGGGAGGAAUGGCGGCUGUCGUCUGGUGCUCUCAUGAGGAAAAAGUACGAACAAUUCGUCGAGCUCGCCAACGAAGCUGCGCAGCGUAAUCGGUUUGACAACAUGGGCGAGAUGUGGCUUUAUCCUUACGAGUCACUCACGUUCAAAAGCGACAUGAAGAGGCUUUGGCUUCAAUUGAAACCGCUAUACGAACAACUGCACGCAUACGUGCGACGUCGGCUGAGGGAGGUGUACGGACAAGACAAAGUGAGCCGUAGAGGCGCUAUACCCGCACACCUACUAGGCAACAUGUGGGCCCAGAGCUGGAGCAACAUAUACGACAUCGUGCAGCCGUACCCUAACAAGCCUUCGCUUGACGUCACCCAGUUCAUGCAGGCGCAGGGCUACACCCCGGAGCGGAUGUUCCGCCUGGCUGACGACUUCUUCCAGUCUCUCAACCUGAGCGCCAUGCCGCCCCAGUUCUGGGCGAGGAGCAUCAUAGAGAAGCCCUUGGGGCGGGAGAUGGUGUGUCAUGCCUCCGCCUGGGACUUCUGUAACGGCGUCGACUACAGGAUCAAGCAGUGCACGGAGGUGAACAUGGAUUACCUGGUGACGACACAUCACGAGAUGGGCCACAUCCAAUACUUCAUCCAGUACCGGCACCAGCCGCUCAUCUUCAGGGAGGGGGCCAACCCUGGUUUCCACGAGGCGGUCGGAGAUGUGAUGUCUCUGAGCGUGUCCACGCCACGUCACCUCAAAAACAUCGGCCUGCUCGACGACAUCGUCAUUGACCGCGAGAGUGACAUCAACUUUUUGAUGUUGAUGGCCCUGGACAAGGUGGUGUUCCUGCCCUUCGGUUACCUCAUGGACAGAUGGCGCUGGGAUGUCUUCAACGGCAACACUUAUCCUGAUGAUUAGAACUGUCACUGGUGGGACCUGAGAUACGAGAUUCAAGGCGUUCGGCCGCCACGCAAGCGCUCGUCGGUCGACUUCGAUCCUGGCGCUAAAUUCCACGUUGCAGCAAAUGUACCAUACGUGAGGUACUUCGUGGCAUUCGUACUUCAGUUUCAGUUCCACAAAGCGCUGUGUCAAAAGGCAGGUCAGUACAGCAAGUUUGACCCGGCGCUGCCACUCCACCACUGCAACAUCUAUCGGUCCGCUGCCGCCGGCAAUGCGCUAGGCGACAUGCUGAGGUUAGGAGCCUCGAAGCCGUGGCCGGAAGCACUGGAGGCUCUCACGGGCA